AUGCGUUUCCCUGUUUCUUAUAAUCACGACAUAUUCUUUGGUGGGCAUUGCGAAGGCAAGUAUGGCAGAAGACGGCCUGAUUUUUGCUUAUGUCUCUUUGAAGCAAUUAUAGGUGUUAUUGAGAAUUUUCAAUUACAUUUGUCACUUGAAACCAAUCAAAAACUUAGGCGUGGUGAAAUCGAUGAUAUAUCAAAAAUAAGCAUUCAUUUUGAAAAACCUACUAUUUUAGAUUUGGCUAAGGAGUUCGAGCCUUUGGAAAAGAGUGCAAGAGGAAUUUUAGAUAGAAUUGUCUGA